CAAGAGUGACGUCAUGAAAUUAAUAUCGAGGGUCAUGCGUGUAUAUUAAGGUGCAAUGAGUAUUCGAUCUCUUUUGAAACAAGAAGGGUAAAAAAUUAAAGAAAAAUUACUUGUGCAAGAAUCAGAGGGGGAAUUAAUUAGUCCACUAAUUAUCUCUAGUAGAGAGAUUAACAAUAAUGGGGAGAGGGAAAGUAGAAUUGAAGAGAAUAGAGAAUCAAACGAGCAGGCAAGUUACCUUCUCCAAGAGAAGAACUGGCUUACUUAAAAAAGCAUUUGAGCUUUCUAUUCUCUGUGAUGCUGAGGUUGCUCUUCUCAUUUUCUCUCCCUCUGGCAAAGCUUACCAGUUCGCUAGUCAUGACAUUGAUAGGACCAUUUUAAGGUACAAGAAUGAAGUUGGAUUAUCCAAAAGUACUAAUGAUCAAGGCUUCAGAGCUACGGAGGUCCGGAGGUUUGAGAUUGAAGACAUGACCAGAACAAUAGAUGAACUUGAAGCCAGAGAUAAGCAUUUUGCUGGAGAAGAUAUAUCAACUCUUGGUAUGAAAGAAUUGAAGCAGUUGGAGCGUCAGCUGAGAAUUGGGGUUGAACGCAUUCGUUCUAAAAAGAGGUGUAUCAUUUCCGAACAUAUCAACUGGCUUAAGAGACGGCAUAAAAUCCUUCAUGAGGAGAACAUCCAUCUCCAAAAGCAAGUAAGGUUGCAUGAGCUACGUGAAGGUGAAGGGAGCUCAACCAUUCUCGAUUCUGAUGCAAGUUUUGAGUUAAUUUCUAAGGGAUGAGGAUUUGAGGAAUGAUUUUUAGAGCUUCAAUUGCAUGGGCGCGUAAAGAUGAAAAAUACUUUCUUGUGUUGUUUGAAUGUAUUUAUUAACUCGUUUCUAGAAUUUCUAGGCCAAGUUAAUGCCUGAUUUGAAGGAAAAGAAAAACGAACUGUAUUGUAUUAAUACUACAUAUUGAGUAUGGUAGAGUUUGAUUGUGUGGUAUAUUGCAAAGAAA